CCCUACGGUCGGCCCCUCCCCUUUCCGUUUCUUGCCGCCCUCACUCAUUCAUGACCCCGUAUCAUGACGUAGGAGAUUCCUCAGUGCCCACUGCCGUAGGCAAUAACGGGAUGCUGGAGUAUAUAUGGGACAGUGGUAGCCAUCAACCGGCACACUCUCAGUCGCUCCGACUCGGGAACCAGGGCAUCAGCGGAGAUAGCAGGCUUUACUUCGCCCUCUUAGGCUAACUCGCUUUGGGCUUUGGUUCAGGAUGGACACCUCUUCGAUUACUCGGAGCCGACGAUGCUCCAUCAUGCGCAACUGCAAAAGCGGUCUCUCCCUCUGGCUGGUGGUGUGGCUGGUCCUCGGCAAGCCUAGUCCGGCGUCGGCGUGUCCGCACCUGUGCGUGUGCUACCCGACGCCCAUGACUGUGAGCUGCCAGGCGCAGAACUUCACCGCCGUCCCGGUCGGAGUGCCCAAUGAGUCGCAGCGUGUAUUCCUCCAGAACAACCGCAUCACGGAGCUUAGAGUUGGCUCUUUUGGCUUCGGGACUCAGGUCCUGUGGCUGUACUCCAACAACAUCACGUGGAUUGAGGCAGGGUCCUUCAGUGAGCUGAGGGACUUGGAGGAGUUGGACCUGGGGGACAACCCCAACCUCCACAGGCUGGAGGGGGGAGCCUUCCGCGGCCUAGAGAAGCUCCAAAGCCUCCACAUGCACCGCUGCCGGCUCACUGCCCUGCCCCAUGACAUCUUCCACAAGCUGUACAGCCUGCAGUUCCUCUACCUGCAGGAGAAUAACCUUCACUUCCUGCAGGACGACAUCUUUUCUGACCUUAUCAACCUAAGCCAGCUAUUCCUGCACGGCAACCGUAUCCGCACCCUCUCAGAGAACGUGUUCCGCGGCCUGGUCAACCUCGACCGCCUCCUCCUCCACGACAACCGCAUCAGGCAGGUGAACCGCCGCGCCUUUCGCGACCUCGGCCGCCUGACCAUGCUCUUCCUCUUCAACAACUCCUUGGCCGAGAUGCCCAGCCAGGCCCUCAGGGACACACAGGGCAUCGAGUUCCUCCGCCUCAACGCCAACCCCUGGUCCUGUGGCUGCGAGGCCCGUGCCCUGUGGGAGUGGUUUCGCGAGGCCCGCGUCUCUUCAUCUGAGGUGAUCUGCGCCUCCCCUUCCAACCGACGCAACCAGGACCUCCGCUUCCUCCGCGAGAUGGACUUCGCCCUCUGCCCCCUGCCUGACCCUGGCUCCAUCGCUGGCUCCACCACCACCACCUUCAGCACCAAAACCCGCUGGUGGUUCCACAAGAACAAGCCCCAGUCGUCCACAAAAGGCCUUUUUGAGAAAUCCUCAGAGACUGUCAAAGCUGGUUUGUACGGCAAAGGCCCCUCCACAACCACCUCGGUAGUCAAGUACGAGUUAGGGGAGGAAGAGCUGGCGUUGCCCAAACUCGACGCAGAAGAGUACUGGGCUAACUACGGCAACGAGGACUCAGGUGUCACCCUGCGAUGCUUCGAGCUCGAAUGUCCACCUGAGUUUGACCUGCCUCCAUCUUCCUCCUCUCCCUCGUCCUCAUUGCCCUCUUUCCUCUCACUACUAGUCCUUUCUGUCAUCAGCCUAUGCCUCAACCUCCACCUGCUGUUUGGCUGAAUUUGACUCUCAGUCCCUUACCCCUACCCACUUCCAGCCUGUUUUAAAGGCUGCGAGGUUACCUGUUAGACUCUACACCCCCUUUGCCCGCUUUGCUGUUAGCCAGUUCUCAAGGCACAGCGAGGGAGAUAGGGGGACGGUUAGAUUCUGAAUCUACCACCUACAGGGCUCAACACUUUCCAGGGCUGAUAAGAGUUCUUUAGCUAAGUUCAUAUACAUCUACAAUACUCUACAGGUAUGGCUUUCUGUGUCUCACCUGUAUGGUGUCAUGUUUAUGAUUCCCUGUAAUCAGGGCUACGAGGGCUGAGUCCAUCAUUAAUAUCAGUGCAAUUUGAUAGCAGCUGUGAAUGAUGUUGUCAACGUUGUCACCACAAUUUAGUUACAGUAUAACUACUAUUGCUUAUUAGUGCAUCCAAUUAACUGGCUGUUACCAAUACUGCAACUACUGUUAGAACCAGUGCACAGUAAUGACUUAAAGUCACUUAAAGUGUCAUGUAAAUAGGUAUGUAUUUUUGUGAUAUCUGAUGAUUUCUGUGGUCCACUUCAAUCAUUUUCAUCUUCAGCCAGAAGUGAAGGCCAGUACUUCAACAGCACAGAGGACAGUGAGGCUGAGUUUACAGUGAGGAGAAGACAACAUACUGUGAAGCUGGGAAGAAAGAGAGAGAGAAAGAGAGAGGAAUGCAGGGACAUAGACAGAGAAGGAAGGUUGCAAGGAAAAUGACAGGGAGAAUAGAGGAAGGGAGGGUUGUUUCCAACGAAAGAGGAUCAGAAAGAGGAAGAGAGGAAAAGGGAGGGAGCAGGGGGACAGUGUUCUUGCAGCAAUAAGAAAAGAGACAGUGAGAAAGCAGUUUGACACUGUGAAGGACAGUGCUGGCGGCAGAAGCAGUAGGAGCAAAGUAAUAAACCCACUCAUCGGUAGUUGUUCCAUCCAUCCAGCUCACACCACCAUCACACCAUUUUCUGUAAACGUGGUGUCAGUUGAGACAACCACAAGGAGAGAAUGCUUCCAGUCAGGAAGCCAGAGAUUUUAGUUUUUGGAUGUCUUUCUGUGACAUAUUGAUAUACUGUGUAAAGAUUGUUGACUUGGAUGCUGAAGAUCUUGAUAAAAAAAAAAAUUACACCGAA